AAGUACGUAUUGUUGUUGGGGUUGUUGAUGAUACCCCCUACUUACCGGUAUCAAUUUCAUUUAUAUAUAAAUAGGAGUGCGAUUGGAUUCGAUCAGCCGUGGUUGGGUUGAAUAAAUAAUAAUAAAAAUGAAUGACAUGGAAAAUAGUAUUUGGGUUUUGAAAGUGCAGACUCUUUAAUUAGAAGAAGAAAAGGAAAAUGGUGGUGGUGGCGGGGGGUUCACCACUCUUGCGUACGUGGUUAGUCGCCGUUACUGUUCCCCUCGACAAUCCUCCUCCUCCUCCCUCUCUAAGAAUCAGAAUCAGAAGAAGAAGAAAUCAUCUUAUUUCUUUAUCAUCAUCAUCCGCUGGCGGCCGUAGAUUCAUCAUGCCCUGUGUCGGUAUUAAGAAUUCUAUAUUGGAACCCUCCUGUCAAGAUUUCUAUAAUAAUAAUAAUAAAUCUUGUUUCCUCGUCAAUCGCAUUGAUCACAAACAACCCAUCAUCAAUCGUGCUGCUACUACCCAAACCGGCAAAACCAUGGUGCACCCUACAAAAACUAAGAAGAAAGCAGUGACCAAGAAAAGAAGAGUUGUGGUUACGGGGCUCGGUGUGGUAUCUCCCGUUGGCCAUGCUGCUGAUGUUUUUUACGACAAUCUGCUUCAAGGUGUCAGUGGCAUUACUCAUAUUGAGGCUUUCAACUGUGACCAGUUUCCCACCAAAAUCGCAGGUGAGAUCAAGUCGUUUUCUGCCGAUGGAUGGGUGGCACCAAAACUUUCUAAACGGGUGGACAAGUUUAUGCUUUACUUGCUAGCUGCUGGCAAGAAGGCCUUGGAAGACGGCGGUAUUACCCAACAUGUCAUCAAAGACUUGGAUGUUGCUAAAUGUGGCGUGCUCAUUGGCUCUGCCCUUGGAGGCAUGAAGGUGUUUCAAGAUGGAAUUGAAGCAUUGAGAAUUUCGUACAGGAAGAUGAAUCCGUUUUGUGUACCAUUUGCAACAACCAAUAUGGGCUCUGCCAUGCUUGCUAUGGAUUUGGGUUGGAUGGGACCAAAUUAUUCAAUUUCUACAGCCUGUGCUACUAGUAACUUUUGCAUAUUAAAUGCGGCCAAUCAUAUUAUCAGAGGUGAAACUGAUAUGAUGCUGUCUGGCGGUUCUGAUUCAGCCAUCAUUCCUAUAGGACUGGGAGGGUUUGUUGCUUGCAAUACUCUUUCGCAGAGGAAUGCUGAUCCAACUAGAGCAUCACGCCCGUGGGAUGUGAACCGUGAUGGGUUUGUAAUGGGAGAAGGUGCUGGUGUGCUCCUGCUAGAAGAGUUGGAACAUGCCAAGGCAAGAGGUGCAAACAUUUAUGCAGAAUUCUUGGGAGGAAGCUUUACUUGUGAUGCCUAUCACAUGACUGAGCCUCAUCCUGAUGGGACAGGAAUAACCUUGUGCAUAGAAAAAGCUUUGGCUCAAUCAGGGGUUGCUAGAGAAGAUGUAAAUUACAUAAAUGCUCAUGCUACGUCUACACCAUCUGGUGAUUUGAAUGAAUAUGAAGCCAUAAUUCGUUGUUUUGGUGACAAUUCCGAGUUGAAAAUAAACUCCACGAAAUCCAUGAUAGGUCACCUGCUUGGGGCAGCUGGUGCUGUUGAAGCAGUGGCCACGGUUAAGGCUAUUCAAACAGGAUGGCUCCAUCCAAAUAUCAAUCUGGAAAAUCCGGAUGUAGGUGUGGAUAAAAAUGUGCUGGUUGGUGCGAAUAAAGAACGAUGCAAUGUAAAGGUAGCACUGUCCAACUCAUUUGGCUUUGGAGGACACAAUUCAUCCAUAUUGUUUGCCCCUUACAAGGAUCAGUAACUUGGAUGAUGGGGGUACUGAAUCCCUUUUCUUAUGUAAAUGUACAACUCUAAAUGCUUGGGGUGGUAAAAGUUAAUAUAAGAUCUUUACUUUCAAA